UCGGCGAAUCUCACAAUGGGGGCAACCAAAGAGCUUGCGCUUAUCAACCUUCUCGUGAGCAAUGAUGUGGAUGUACUCUUCGUCACUGAGGCAGAACUGGAACCAGAGGCUGCAGCUUGCUUUGCGGUUCGAGACUAUGUUACGUUCCUUCCACCUAUUACGUUGGAGGGGCAAAAAGUGAGGGUACUAGCUCUAGUGAAAUCAGUGGCGGCUAUCAUGUUUGAUGCGAAACUUCGCGUAGACUUGUGCACAACCCUGGCAAUAUGGCUUGAGUUCUCUUUACCAAAGAGGUCACUUUUUGGCGGUGUGUAUCGCCCAUGGUCUGGGCUUGCGGUGGAGAGGCUACAACUGGAAGCUUUGCUCGACCGGUCUGCAGCAGCCACUGCUGAAGCAAGUGUGGUUGUCCUUACAGGGGAUUUGAACUUGGAUGUCUCCCGGGUGGAUGAUAAAGGCUACCAUCGGCAUUCACUUCUAACCAAAUUGUUGUCGGAUCUCA